AUGGCGGUUAAGCAGGAGAUGUUUGCGAUCAGCCGUGGAUGUAGCGUAGAUGGGGCGACCUGGAUGCUCCUGGAUGAUGGGCGGCAGAUCCAAGUUGUGGAGACCACACUGCUACUUUGCCCCUACUGCGCGCCGUCGUCUAUCGACGAGCAGACCCUGAGCAUGGCAGACUCGUCGGAGGUCGGGAUGUCCGCCAACUGGGCGCAUAUUGCGUUCGGGCCGAGCUGGCUCCCAGCCUGUGAUCUCACUAUUUGUUCGGAGGUGCGGUCUGAUGUUGAGCCUUAUUGCCGUGUCGAUGCGCACAUGGAUGACCCCUCAUGCACUGACGAAUCCUCCGAUGUCCGUCGGACGUUCGCCACCCACGCGGCACGCCGUGCAUACAACAUGGCGCGUUUUGCUGGAAAGAAUCGGAACCUUGCCGACGCAGGACGUGGACGUCUGUCGCCUACUCAUCCGAACGCCACCAAAGGCUCAGCCAUCGUGGCAUGA